AUGCCCAAGACGAAGGCCAGCCCAGCCCAAGGGGCAGCAAAGGAAGAGCCCGAGAAGAGAUCGGCUAAACCUGCUCCUGCAAAAGUGGAAACAACGCCAAAAAAGGCAACAGCAAUGGAUAAAUCUUCAGACAAAAAAGUGCAAACAAAAGGGAAAGGGGGGGCAAAGGAAAAACAGGCCCAAGUGACUAACCAAGAAACCGAAGAUUUACCUGCAGAAAAUGGAGAAACUAAAAAUGAGGAGAGUCCAGCCUCUGAUGAAGCAGGAAAGAAUGAAGCCAAGUCUGAUUAA